UUGUCACGCUACAAUAGUAGAUUUGUGUGUCAUGAUGACUUUGAUAAAUACAUUCCACUAUUACUGGACAGAAAUUGCCGAUCAAAGAACAAACAAUUGGUUAUUAAUGAAUUCUAUGUAUCAAAUACCGUUUCUGUUAAUUGCUUAUGUAUAUUUUGUCUUACGAUGCGGACCUCGAUACAUGAAGAAUCGGCCACCAUAUUCGCUAAGAACUUUUAUGAAAUUCUAUAAUAUUUUUCAAAUAAUUGCAAAUGCAUGGUUAGUGUACGAACACAUUGCCGCGGGUUGGUUUACGAAAAUACCAUUAACUUGUGUGCCGGUUGAUUAUUCUUACAAGCCUGAUCCUUAUAGAUUGGCUACGACUAUGUGGUGGAUAUCGCUCUUGAAGCUGGCUGAUCUUAUCGAAACAGGCAUAUAUGUUCUCAGAAAAAAAUACAAUCAGAUCUCGUUUUUACACGUAUAUCAUCACGUGUCCAAUUGUGUGUUUAGCUGGAUUUACACAAAGUAUGUCGCUGGUGGAAUGACGACUUUUAUCACCUUGCUUAAUUGCUUUGUACAUGUUAUAAUGUACACUUACUAUUUGCUCGCGACAUUUGGACCGACUGUACGGAAAGUCAUUAAUCCGAUAAAACCAUCCAUAACUAUCCUACAAAUGGUGCAAUUUACCAUACAGAUAAUUUACUUAGCUCAAACAUUACUGCCAAGUUGUCCAGUACCAGCUGUUUUCGGACCUGUAUUUAUUGGAAAUUUGAUAAUAAAUCUGUUCUUAUUCUACAGAUUCUAUAGGAACCGCUAUAUAAAAUCUAAGAACAUGUAUUACUGUCAAUGUAAGCUUAAAAAAGAUUUAAAAGUAAAUGUACGCUGUAAAUGUAAUGCAUUUAUGUAA